ACUCGUUCGAGUGUCUUCUAUAAAACCCCCUCAAUAAAAUCUUUAAACAAACAAACAAAAACCACACACUUAUAUAUUUGUUUUUUUUUUUUGUUAUAUUUCUGGGUUUCAAGUCGGAUCCAUGGCUACUGAUUAUGAGUUCAAAAAGAUUCAGAUUCAAAGAGACGAUACUACUUUUGAUGCUUAUUUGGUUGGAAAAGAAGAUGCUCCUGGAAUUGUUGUGAUUCAGGAGUGGUGGGGAGUUGAUUUUGAGAUUAAGAACAAUGCUGUUAAAAUAGCAAAACUUGGCUACAAAGCACUUAUACCAGAUUUGUACCGUGGAAAGGUUGGUCUUGAUGCAGAAGAAGCACAUCAUCUGAUGAGUGGUCUUGACUGGCAAGGUGCAGUGAAGGAUAUUGAGGCUUCAGUUAACUGGCUCAAGGCCAAUGGCUCACAGAAGGUUGGUGUGACUGGGUAUUGCAUGGGUGGUGCGCUAACUAUUGCAAGUGCUGUUCUAGUCCCCGGGAUUGAGGCUGCUGUAGCAUUUUAUGGAGUACCUCCUCCAGUGCUUGCAGAUCCAGCCAACACAAAAGUACCUAUACAAGCUCAUUUUGGGGAUGCUGAUGAUGUUGUUGGAUUUUCAGAUAUCAAGGCUGCUAAAGCUCUAGAAGAGAAACUGAAGGCCGCAGGGAAACCAUGCGAAGUACAUGUGUACCCUGGUGUAGGACAUGCAUUUAUGAACACUUCUCCUGAAGGCAUUGCGAGGAGAAAGGCCGCGGGACAGUCGGAAGACUGUGAACCUGCUUCUCAGUUGGCAUGGUCUCGUUUCCAGUCCUGGAUGAAUAAAUAUUUAUCAGCCUGAAGUUGAAGCAUAAACAAUGUAUGAGCUAUCAAACAAUUACCAGUUUCCAGGUAAUAAUAAACUGAAUCACAAUCUUGAGAGAUGCUCAAAGAUUUGUGAAAUUUGAUGUUAUAAUGGUGUGGGUCUUGUUUGUAUAAAAAUGUUAAUCGUUCUAUGGCUAAGUUGGUUUUAAAAUCUAA